UCCUUUGCCAAACACUUUGACUUCGAUCUGGCACUUUUUCUCAUGACGUGUCGGCGAGCUUAACUUUAUUUAAGAACCAGUCGGAAAAGUCACAUCAAAUAGCCAAAAAUGCGCGACCAAUUCAUCAGCCUGGCCCUUCUGCUGUGUGCCCUUCACAGCGCCUGUGGCUUGUACUUCCACAUAUCGGAAACGGAGCGCAAGUGCUUCAUCGAGGAGGUUCCGGAUGAGACCACAGUGAUUGUCAACUACAAGGUGGAGCUCUACGAUCCGCGGUCUAAUGGAUUUAUGCCUUCGUCCCCCGGCAUCGGAAUGCAUGUAGAGGUGCGCGACAGCGACGACAAGAUUGUUUUGUCCCGCGUGUACAGCUCUCAGGGACGUAUCUCUUUCACGUCGCACACGCCCGGCGAGCAUGUCAUCUGCAUGUACUCCAACAGCACCGCCUGGUUCAGUGGCGCCCAGCUGCGCGUCCACCUGGACAUCCAGGUUGGAGAGCACGCCAUCGACUAUGCCAAUGUGGCGCAGAAGGAAAAGCUGACCGAGCUGCAGCUGCGCAUCCGCCAGCUGCUCGACCAGGUGGAGCAAAUCACCAAGGAGCAGAACUACCAGCGCUACCGUGAGGAGCGUUUCCGCCACACCAGCGAGAGCACCAACUCUCGAGUACUCUGGUGGUCGCUGGCCCAGACCGUCGUCUUGGUCUGCAUGGGCUUCUGGCAGAUGCGCCACCUGAAGAGCUUCUUUGAGGCCAAGAAGCUGGUGUGAGGUGCUCUUGGCUGCGAGUAGCAAUAGCAUUGUUCCGUGUGUUUUCCCGUCAUUUGGCAGGAUUUGCGAAUUUCAUCGAUGGAUCAUCAUCAAACAACCAGCCACAGGCCUCGACUCCAAGCACGUUUAGUUUUAAUUUCUUGUGCGUAAUUUAAUAAAAUCCAUUGUACAAAAAGAGA